AUGUCUUGGCAAGGUAUCGAGGUCCCGAUCCUUAGUUCCGAGCUGCAGCCCAUCCAACCCUGCCACUUUAACUCUCUGUCACAACAUGCUGCAACGCCCAGGGACAAAGUCUCUCCGGCAGAGAUGAAAAUUAUCGUCGAUUCCUUCAAGCCUACUUCUCGUGAUGAUGAAGUGAAGGAGGUGCAGGCUAACGGGUUUUUCGUGGCCGGGGAGAAAUACGUUGCUUUACGAUCAGACGACUCGCGCCUUUAUGGCAAGAAGGGUAAAGAAGGCAUUGUGAUUGUAAAAACGAAAAAGGCACUACUCAUCGCACAUUACCCGGAAACCGUGCAGCCCGGCGCCGCGACCAACACCGUCGAGACCCUCGGCGAUUAUCUCAGCGGAUUAGGCUACUAA